UUGCGCAAGUGCAUGCCGGGAGCUGUAGUCCUCUUUCGUUCAUUCCGUUCUCGCCGUCUGCUACGUGAAAGAUGCCGGCUGUACACCACAAAUUAUUACUCGAAGAUGCCCUGCAGGACAGUCCGCAGACGCGUUCCCUGCUCAGCGUGUUCGAGGAGGAUGCUGGGACACUCACAAACUACACAAACCAGCUGCUCCAGUCCAUGCAAAGAGUGUUUGGAGCUCAGAAUGAAAUGGGGCUGGCAACAGAACAGCUUUCUAAGCAGCUCUUGGAAUAUGAGAAACAGGACUUUGCUCUGGCGAGAGGUGAUGAAGAGGUCAUCAACACUCUGCAGCAAUUCGCCAAAAGUGUAGAAGAGUUGAACUCUCUACAUGCUGAACUGGCAACUCAGAUGGCCGAAAAGAUGGUGUUUCCCAUGGUACAGUUCAGAGAGAAGGACCUUACAGAGAUCAGCACGCUGAAGGAGAUAUUCGGCAUCGCCAGUGAUGAGCAUGAAGCCGCCAUGGUGAAAUACAGCCGUUUACCCAAAAAGAGAGAAAACGAAAAGAUGAAAGCAGAAGUGGUGCGAGAGGUGGCGUACUGUCGCAGAAAGCAGCAUCAGGCAGCUAUGCAGUAUUAUUGCUCUCUGAAUGCGCUGCAGUACAGGAAGAGAGUGGCCAUGCUGGAACCUAUGCUGGGAUACACACGUGCUCAGAUCAAUUUCUUUAAGAAAGGGAUGGAGCUGGUUUCUAAAAAGAUGGACAGUUUUCUCAACUCAGUUUCCAACAUGAAUGAGAGUAUUGAGUCUCAGUUAGAGGUGGAGACGGAGGUCAUGCGCUCGUCUCAGAGAGAGCUGCUCUCCGUGGAUGAUGUCACCUAUAUGCCGGAUCGUGAUCUGACCCCUGUGAAUCGAGCGCUGGUUCAGAAAGCGGGGUAUCUCAACAUCAGGAAUAAAACAGGUCUGGUGACGACGGCGUGGGAUCGGUUGUUUUUCUUCACUCAGGGGGGUAAUAUGAUGUGUCAGCCGCGGGGGGCCAUCGCAGGUGGGAUGGUUCUGGAUCUGGACAACAGCUCCGUCAUGGCCGUGGAGUGUGAAGAUCGUCACUACUGCUUUCAGAUCACCUCACCCAACGGCAAAACGUCUUUGAUUCUUCAAGCUGAGAGCAGAAAGGAAUAUGAGGAGUGGAUCUGCACUCUCAACAACAUUUCAAGACAGAUUUAUCUGACCGACAAUCCUGAGGCUGUGGCCAUCAGGUUGCAUCAGACGGCUCUUCAGGCAGUGACACCCAUCACCAGCUUUGAGAAGAGAGCUGAAGUUUCUCCAAACCCUAACCAAGCGAAAACAAGCGGUGUGGCCAGUGUUAAUUCUCAGAAAGGCCCUGUAGUCUAUGAGCCUGAAGAUCUGAUCGCUCCGGGAACUCCCAUCCAGUUUGACAUCGUGCUGCCCGUGUCUGAGUUUCUGGAUCAGAAUCGAGCCGGAGCAAGACGCACUAACCCGUUUGGUGAAACAGAAGAGGACGACAGCGGAUCAGAUGACACGCACGAUUCGCUCCUGCAGCAGGUGUUUGCUGUGCGGUUCUUGGGUUCGAUGGCCGUUCGAGAAGGUCACACGCAGGAAGUGAUUUAUGAAGCCAUGAGACAGGUUCUCGCCGCACGGGCGAUCCACAACAUCUUCAAAACCACAGAGUCACAUAUGAUGGUGAACAGUACCUGCGUCAGAUUGAUUGAUCCACAAACUCAAGUCACCAAAAUCUGCUUCCAGCUGAAGGACGUGUCUCAGUUCGCAGCCCAUCAGGAGAACAGCAGGCUGAUGGGUUUCGUUCUGGAGGGGAGAGAUUGGACUAACGGAGGAGACGGAGAACCUUCCUUCAGCGUGUUUGUGUUCGAGAGCAACACUGAAGGAGAGAAGAUCUGCUACACUAUUAACUUGGGGAAAGAGAUCACAGAGGCCAGGAAGGACCCUGAAGCGCUGGCCCAGCUGAUGAAGUCGAUGCCCCUGACAAACGAUGGAAAGUUUUUGCUGCUGGAAAAUGAGACGGGAGACGCAGCAGAUGGAGUCACACCAGAUGACCUUGAGUCAGAGGCCUGACCUCAAACACACACGCACACACACACACACGCGCAUCUGCUGCUGUCCUCUGAUCUCUAAACACACUGCACUCAUUAUACAACACGCAUUCAGUUCAGAUGCUGUGAAACUGCUGUGAGUAAAUCACAUGCGGGUUUACAUCAGAUUCUUAGUUCAGCCACAAAGUUGUACAUUUUCUUAUAUUAGAAAGCAAGACUUUCUACAGUCUCAUACGAAGAUGUCUUCAGAAAACGGAAAAUAUGACGCACGAGUUGUAUGGGCUACUUAAAAUGCUUCCCUGGUUUCAUUUUUUUAUGUCUGCGGAAGAAAGUUGUGUUUAGUUGUGUGAAGUGGUUCUUUAAAGCAGCGAUCUGUAACUUUUGCCUCUCUGUUGCCUUCUCUGUUUGAAACAUACAAUAGCAGAUUGAAGCCGUGGACAGGCUUGACUUUGAGCCUGCGAAGAAAGUCGGACGGUGGUACAAAAAUGGCCGGGCGCAAUUCCCCACUUUUCGACGUUUUGAUCUUCUAUUGAUCUCACUCACUCAUGUCAGAGUUCACCAAACUUGAACUUUGCGACGCAGCAAAAUGCGAAAUAUUGUUCAGUCACAUUCGCAAGUGAUGAAUGGAAGUCAAUGGAGAGAAAAGUCAAGUGUGACCGCGGCUUGACAUAGGUCAGAUUUCCCACACACUUGCAACAGAAAGUAGGAAUGAUCAAAUAUUAGUGCAACUAGGUGUCGUGGAUUUGGGAGACUAAACACUUUUUAAACACUAACUACACUUGUUUAGUAUUAACCACAAAGUUACAGAUAGCAGCUUUUGUUGAACCAUAAUAUUUAUGUGAGUUUGUUUCACAAUGCAAACUUUUGGUCAUAGGAAACACAAAAUGUACAUUCCAUUCACAUCCACUUCAUCAUUCCACUGUCAUCACAGCUUUCAGAGAACACAUGAAACUGCUCUGAAUCCCACUUUACAAACUCAUCAUCCCUGUGAAGUAUUCGAGAUCACUGCAUCAUAACUCACUGGAUGGUGAAAGGUGGCAAGAUGAAUCUUUUAAUUUUUUAAAGGCGACUUGGAAUGCGAGCUGAAGUUUUACGCUUUAUGAAUGAAGUUUUAUUAAUGUAAGGUACUCCUAGAUACGAAUGCUUAUGUUAAAAAGCAAAUAGCAUGUUAUAAACAGGGUCUGUGUAUUGAUGCAAUUUUAUAUCGUGGCAUUAGGAGUUUCAAUUGGUGUUUGUAUGACACAAAGAUAUGCACUUUCUAUUGUCAUCGACGCAUGUACUUGUAAACUGGGAUUCAGUCCAUUAUUUUUUUAAUUUGAUAAAUAGUUCCACUUAGGUUGUUUUGGAUUCCUGUAUUUUUAAACACUACAUUGAAAUCAGACCUCUUUUCUUAGUAAGUUAAUACAUUUAAAGCCUAAAUACAGUGGAGAGAAUUUAAACAAAGGAUCUAUAGAUUGGUAUAUAACAACAACUGUGCUAGUUGUGUAUUAUCUAUUUUGUGGACAGCAUAAUAAUUUUCAUUCACUGUGUAAUAUUGUGUCUUACAGUAGCUUUACAGACCACUACAUUUACGUUACAGUUCAUUUAUAACAUUUGUUUUUUGCUCUGAAGGGCUUUUUCUCCGUAUUUUGUCUGAGUUCACCUGUGUGUUUCCUGUAACAUUACCGAAGGAGACAGUUCAAUCACGUUUCUUGGUUUACAGUGAGCUGAGCUGUUGUUUACAUACUAAGCUGAUGGCGAGAGCUUUAAAAGGCAAACGUGAUCUCAACAUGUAACUCAAAAUAUAUCUCUGUCCGUUUAACAUGUGAUGAGCUUUAGCAUGUCAUGCUGGAAAAUAAAAACUAUUACCGUACGAGCAGCGGUUAUUUUUCUGCCCAUGUAACAUGCACCUGUCUGUCUUUUCAGUAUGUUAAACUUUAAUAAAG